AAUUCAAUAAUCUGUGAUGUCAUCAGAAUGUAAAGUCAAUGGGCUGCAUAUGGCAGAAGCUAGAAAACUUGAUUGAUUAGGUGUCAUCAUUGGGUCCAGUAUCUUGUUCUUAUAAUACAUCCAUGCAAUUGGAUCUGACGUGACCCGCCUUAAUGUGUCUAGUUUUGUUUAAUUAGUUGGUUUUAAUUGGUUUGGUGAGGAUGGGUGGGGCUGGACUUUGCCAUUUUAGGAAAACAACUAUUGUGACAGGUGACAGGUAUUAAGAAUAACUAUAUAGAAAUAGCAAUUAUUCUUGUUUGGUUCUGUAGGCCACAUAGAUGCAUUAGUUUUAAAUUGAGACUGUCUAACAACCAUUUAAAACCCGUUAUCGCUGCUUGGAGCAGAAGGUUCCGCAUGUCUAUGAAGGGCCAUGGAGGUCUUAGGACGGCCUUCAAAGACAUUAAAAUGUUGCUGGAGGUGUUUGUAUUUCCUUGAAGGCCACUUUCUUGCAGGUCCAUGAAGAAGCAUGUAUCCUUGGAGGUAAAUAAAGCUCUUUCGCAUGACUGGAACCGCCUGUGACGUGAUGGAGGUACAGUGUGAGCUGCCUGCUCAGCCUCGUGGCCGCUGGCCCUUUAAGAGGAGAGGGAGAGAGGGAGGGGGCGCGGAGCAUCUUGGCUGCGGUGUUUUUGUCUCUGUCAGUGAGCGCUCCUGGGCCGAGGCGGCUGAAAGGAUUUCCAGAGAGGGAAGGUGCUGACUGUUGCGAGUGCAAGAAAAGGAAGGGAGAGCAAGGAGCCUGGGAGGAGAGAUCCUGUCCUUGCAGCGCAAGCAGCUGGUGAGAGUUGGUGGGUGACUGAAGAGCAGCCACUGGCUCAUUAUGGCUCAGGUGCUGCAUAUGGACCCCGGCUUCCCAGGGAAACUCAACCCGCCUGCUCCCCCUUCCCUGCACGGCAAAGAACAGGAGGCACCCUACUCAGUGGAGACCCCCUAUGGCUACCGUCUGGACCUAGACUUCCUCAAAUAUGUUAACGACAUAGAGAAGGGGAACACUAUCAAGAAGGUACCUAUCCAACGCCGGCCACGCUAUGGCUCCCUGCCCCGUGGCUAUGGCUACACCGGCUCCUGGUGGACCUCCACAGAGUCUUUGUGCUCCAACACCAGCAUGGACAGCCGCCACUCCUCCUUCUCCUACUGUGCCCCAGGCUUCCACACGUCGCAGAGGCCCAGCUUCAGCACUGCCCGGGUGGAGAAGACACUGCUGGAUGCUCGCAGGAAGCUGGAGGAGGAGAAAGAGGGGAGGAGAUUCUCCAACCUGGGUAGCAUGCACAGCAGCGUAGCAGGCUCUAACACCUCUCUCAGCAGUGCACACAGCUUCAACCGAGCCCACGGUGGAGGCGGAUCCUUCACCCCAAUGAGUUCUGGCCUGUCCACCCCAGUGACCCCAACACCAGCACACCUGCAGCACGUCAGGGAGCAGAUGGCUGCGGCCCUCAGGAAAAUAAGGGAGCUUGAAGAGCAGGUGAAGACCAUCCCUGUGCUGCAGGUCAAAAUCUCUGUGCUGCAGGAGGAGAAAAGGCAGCUCAGCGUUCAGCUGAAGAGCCAGAAGUUUCUGGGUCACAGUCUGGGCUUCAGCCGAGGUCGUUCCCGAGGAGAGCUCUACAUCGACAUCCCUGAAGAAGAGGUGAACACUGCAGCUAAGAGCAGCAACAAGCCAGCCGGGCCAAUGUCUCCCACCACACCCGAGGGCUCCAAGCUUCAAGACUCAGGGUGUGAGAUUGAGGACACAGUGAUUGUGGCUGGAGCACGACCAGAGGCAAAGCGGGAGGUGCGCACCAUCGCAGUGGGACCAGAGGACUUGAGGGGCAGUCGUCAGGUGGGAGUUGGUGUUCGGGAAGAGGAUCUGGGGCUGCUGCCAGAGACGGAGGCUCUUAAGAAUCAAGUGGGUCAGCUUGAGGGCCAGCUAAAGAGGACGGUGCAGGAGCUGCAGGAUGCGCAGCAGCAGGUUGUGGCAGCCCAGAAGGCCCCUCAGGCAGAGCAUCCAGUCAUGGCUACCAACGUGGGCUGGCAGGAACCACAAGGCUGCAACCUGCACACUCUGGUCAGCUUCACACAGCUUCCCCAGCAGAGAGAACAGAGAACUGUGGGAAUCCAGGUGUACACACUGGAGCAGCCUACUGUGGUGGAGGUUGGCAAGCUGCUCCGAGCAGAAACCUGCAGCUUACCCUCCCUUAAACCAGCUGGUGGAGUAGAGGAGGGCCAGCACAAAGGGCAAACUGAAGAUGCUCCAGUUGAGUUGCCGAUUGCAGUCAGCUCCAAGCAGGUGCGAGAUGUCCUAAAGUGCGAGUUGUCCACUUCAGUACCUGUAGCCAGUCCUGCCAUUGCUGUAAGCAAGUCUGAAAAUCAGAUUGGUUUGUUGCACUCAAAAGAAGAAGAGACACACCUGCAAACAUCCACAGAGGCUGUCCAGUCACAAGAAGGUCCUAAGACAGCCUCAUCUCCCCAGUCUUCUCUGAGGUCCAUUAUGAAGCGGAAAGCAGAAGGUGAACCAGGAUCUCCUUCGACAAAGAAGAACCUACAGUUCAUUGGAGUUAAUGGAGGCUAUGAGUCCACAUCCUCAGAGGAUAGCAGCAGCGAGAGCUCAGAUGAGGCAAGUGACUCCAGCGAAUAUCACGAAGCCAGAGAAAAACUACCCGAGUCAGCAAUCCAGCACCAGCAAAUAACCCACAGCAAGGCUUCCCAGCCUCCAGAAAGCAACAGCGUACCUCAACAAACUGCUGUCAAACUACCAGCCGUCAUUCCAGACUCACAGCAGAGUGCCAGCCCGUCUGAGACUGUAGACACAAGUCUGCCAGACAAAGCCUCCCAGUCACCAGCGACAGACACUGCCACCAUAACUCCUCCUUGUCCAACAAACGAUGCUGCCUCUAAAGAGACUGUCAACCAGUCAUCAGAAAAACUUCUAGUCACACAGGAGAUCACCUCCACAUCAUCAAGCACUGAAUCCACUCCUGAACAAAGCUCCAUAACUUCCUCAGUUACCUGUUCCUCAUCGCCAUGUCUCACUACAACCACUGACCAGCAAUACACCGUCCAGUCAGAAACAACCGUCCUCUCCAGCCAAUCAGAGCCAAAGCCAGCAGCUGAAAGCAUCACAAAUGACACCGCCAUGGCGUCUGCCUCAGCAUCUGCCAAGCAAGUCAGACUGGAUCUGAGUGACAGCCUGAUGUCAGCUCUUGAAGCCCUGCAGAAAGCCCUGGGGGAACCCAAUGCCUUCAGCCAACAAGGAGCAAGGGCAGCCUACACCACCGUGCUGCAGGAGUGGCUGCGCGUGUCCUGUCACAAAGCAGCCGACACGGCUGUUGUCAAGGCCUAUAUGAACACCUUCGCCUCAGUCUCCCCUCAGCUGCUGGAGUUUGUGAUCAACAUGGCAGAUGGCAACGGGAAUACAGCGCUUCACUACACCGUCUCACACUCCAACUUCCCUGUGGUGAAACUGCUUCUGGACACUGGUCUGUGUAAUGCUGACAAGCAGAACAAGGCGGGCUACACGGCCAUCAUGUUGACAGCUCUGGCUGCCUUCCACUCAGACAGUGACCUUCAAACCGUCCUGCAGCUGCUGCGCACAGGGGACGUCAACGCCAAGGCCAGCCAGGCCGGUCAGACGGCGCUGAUGCUAGCGGUCAGCCAUGGUCGAGGGGACAUGGUGCGGGCGCUGCUGUCGUGCGGGGCACAGGUCAACAUCCGUGAUGACGACGGCUCCACAGCGCUCAUGUGUGCCUGCGAACACGGUCACGUGGACAUUGUGCGUCAGCUACUGUCUGUGCCAGGCUGUGAUGCCACUCUCACUGACAAUGAUGGCAGCACUGCUCUGUCCAUUGCCCUGGAGGCCAGCCAGAACGACAUUGCUGUGCUUCUUUAUGCUCACCUCAACUUUGCAAAGCCUCCUUCCCCUGUUUCACCGAAGUCUCCUCUCUUGGGUUCCUCUCCUCCUGCUGGUGAAACAAAAUAAAAGCCUGCUAUAUCCACUCCACAGUAACUACUCAUAUUACAGUGUGAUUUUCUUUUUCCAUCUGUGUAAUUACAAGAAACAAUGAGUUUGUGUGUGCGUUUGUUUUCACCCUCCAUAAUUUAAGUACAUUAUAAUGUGCAGAUAAUUACAUGAAAGCUAGCACCAUUGUAAUCCAUUGCUUUUUGUACACUGUGGUCUUUUUCAAUCACAGUGGGGGUUUAAAAACAUGGAUUCUUGUGUGUGCUGUCAUCUGAAAAAAUGAACAUCUAGCGGCUGUCCAGACUUGCAGCGAUCCAGUUGUCAGCACUGUUUUUAGUGGCACUUACAAGUCAAAUCUAUUCACUAAAAUUCAUUAUACAGUUUAUUAGUAUACACUUGUUUUAUUCCAUAUGAAUCUCUUAUUAGUUCAUAGAGCGAUGUGUUUUAUUGUAAUGUGUACAAUAGCUCUUAAACAGUAGCAUCAUUAUUAUGUGUGUGACCAUCACAGUCAUUUGGAAUAACAAAAGCCACCCCUCUCAUGGAUAAGUGUCCUUGCAUCAAGUAGCUCAUUGGUGCUACGAAAAUCUAAUACAGAAAACACCACUUCAACAGAAAACCAAUAUUUAUACACAAGAUUUAUUUACUGUAGAGUAUUUUUGAUAUUGAUUUUUUUUUAAAAUUUUGACUUAAUUCAGGACCUACAAUGAUUUUUUAUUUCCCAAACAAUUUUUAACUUAUUACACAUUUUUAAUAACUAGAGGACAAAAAUCAUUUAAUGUGUCGACCACAUUUCCCAAAACGAACCCAAAGAUGAAUUUCUCCGAUCAGCUCUGUGACACUGUAUAUCGUGGUGAUUAUAUAAUAUGGGGGUAAUUUUGUGUCUUUAUUAUGUAAUCAAACAGAAAAGUUUUCAGAAGAAAACUAUUCACACUGCAUCAGAAAAAAAGUUUUAUUGCAGGCAAAAUAAAUGUGUGAUUCAGAAUGUAUUAGUGCAGAUCAAAAAUCCAGAAGUUUUGCUUUUAAAACUAAAAGUUCUGUUUUCAAUUUCCAAAGUUUUACCGGAUCUCUUGGGGAGGUACUACACUGGUGUUUCCUGAUAUGUCCCUUUUAAUAAAGCAGGGGCCAAUAGAGACUUGUCUUGCAGCUGUUAACAUCGGUCCUGCCUACAAGUACCAGCUCAACAGCACACAAGUUUUCUAUACGCAUUUUAAUCACAAAUUUAUUUUACCUGCAAUUAACAUGUUGUGAUUGCAGUGUUUUGUUCUCAAACCAGUUCUGUUUGAUUAGCCCCAUUAUUAAAAUAUUGACAUCAGUGGGAAGGAAGAAAAAGGUCAACAUUAUUCUCCGAAGGCUACGGUACUAUGGUCUUUGUAUUUUUAUACGUGAAGGUAUUUUGGAUGAUAGUAAGGAAAGAUUAGAGUGUAUCUGUGUUUGUAAUAUUCUCUGCUUGUAAGAUUUAACGAGACUUAGUUGAGAAGUGACUGAAAGCACCUCCGCUGUGGUCAUACUGGUAAGAUUUGUCAGGGAACCAGAAAGUGACUGAUUGGAGUCUUUUAAGGACGUGCCGUGUAAGAUGUGAAUAUCAAAAUAAUAUAUGUCAAUAUAAACUGGUAGUUGUUGUGCCUAAAAUCAAAUUCCUUGAACAAAAGUGCAGAGGUUAUUGAUGUCAGUUACAUUUUAAAGACUUUUUCACAAUUUUCAUAUUCACUGUUAAGCAAUUUAAUUUUUAUAAACUUUCAAUUUUUUUAAUUUAAGUAUAUCUUUUUAUACAUUUAGAAUUUUAAAGCUCACACCUACUUUAUGUAACCGCACAGCUCCUUAGUUUAUGUUUUAUGAAGGUUUAUGUAAAAUUCUAGACUGUUGUUCCUCUUCUAAUUUGUGCAUUUUGGAAAACCAAUGAUUUAAUAAAUGUGGACCACACUG